GAUUGGUGGGUUUGAUGUCUCGUCGUCGCCGUGCUGCUGCUGACGAGAAGCCAUCUGGUUGCUAACGUGUCAGUCAGUAAUUAACCGCCCUCCCCCUUCUAACCGCCUACUCUGCAAUCACCCAUUAUUCCCCUUCCGCCCUCUCCUAUUUAUCCCCACUUUCAAUCAAUCUUUUUUAAUUUAAUUCUUUCUAUUUCUAUAUUUAUUUGUUUUAUAUAAAUUUACCGAAAUCAAAUUAUUAAUUUUGACAUCGAUGAGGCGGCAUAAUGCGGUUUCAUGCUUUAACCGCCAGUUAUUAGCAGCAAUCAGAAAAAAAAGAAUUGCAGCUAUACAAAAUACUCAUUCAUUGGGGGCUGGUCCUUGCAGAAGUUUUUCUACGAGAUUCUCUAGUGUGCAUGGGGAGAAACCAUCUGCAGAGUAUGCCAGAUUGAGGAAGGAAUCACUCGAAAGUGAAUUUGGAAAUGCACUUACUUCUAGAUCUAAGCGUCUCUCUAUGUACUACAGUUUUGGUCCCUUCUUGGCGUUGUAUAGAGCAGCAUAUAUAUCAUAUGAGGUCUUUAAGCUUUCUUUGGGUCACUUUUUUAUUCAUGACAUCAAGGAGCGUGCAGCGAAGUUUUGUGAUACCCUCAUCCGUUUGGGUCCUUUCUAUAUCAAGCUUGGACAAGCACUCAGCACAAGACCAGAUAUACUUCCUUCUGUAUAUCGUAAUGAACUUGCUAAAUUACAAGAUCAAAUUCCUCCAUUUUCAACUAAGGUUGCAAUGCGUUCUAUUGAAUCAGAGUUGGGUGCCCCUAUUUCACAAAUUUUUGCAGACAUCAGCCCAGAGCCUAUGGCGGCAGCAUCUUUAGGACAGGUUUAUAAAGCUCAUCUGCAUACAGGGGAGCUAGUAGCUGUAAAAGUGCAAAGGCCUGGUAUGUCACUUUCUUUGACCCUUGAUGCCCUGUUAUUUAACAUGAUUGGGGGUCAAUUAAAGAGAUUCGCCAAAGCAAGGAAGGAUAUAAUCGUAGCCGUUAAUGAGACGGUCAGACACAUGUUUGAAGAAAUUGAUUACAUCCUCGAGGGACAGAACUGUGAGCGGUUUGCGUCUCUCUAUGGUUUCCGUGAUUCUCAACAGGAAGGUACCUACCCAAAGGAAAAGUGGGUUAAAGUCCCUAAGAUAUACUGGAACUAUACUCGAAAAGCCGUGCUUACGAUGGAAUGGAUUGAUGGUAUUAAGCUUAAUGAUGAUGCGGCGUUGUCAAAGGAGUCUUUGAACCGAAAAGACCUAAUAGAUAAGGGACUUUACUGCUCGCUGAUGCAACUACUUGAGGUGGGAUUUUUUCAUGCUGAUCCUCAUCCGGGGAACCUUGUUGCUACCAAGGAUGGAGCUCUUGCUUACUUCGACUUUGGGAUGAUGGGGGAUAUACCACGCCAUUAUCGUGUUGGACUUAUUCGAGUGCUUGUACACUUUGUCAAUCGUGAUUCUCUGGGUUUGGCCAAUGAUUUUCUCUCAUUGGGAUUUCUUCCUGAAGGGGUUGAUAUGCUGUCUGUUUCUGAUGCACUUAAAGCAUCCUUUGGUGAUGGCACUAGACAGUCCCAAGAUUUCCAGGCAAUAAUGAACCAACUGUAUGAUGUUAUGUAUGAGUUCAACUUCUCUCUUCCUCCAGAUUACGCCUUGGUGAUAAGGGCAUUAGGCUCACUUGAAGGGACAGCAAAAACGUUAGACCCUCAAUUUAAAGUUGUUGAAAGUGCAUACCCAUUUGUCAUUGGAAGGCUCCUGGCAGACCCAAGUCCUGACAUGAGAAAAAUAUUGAGAGAGCUACUUAUUCGUAAUGAUGGUUCCAUUAGAUGGAAUCGCCUAGAACGCCUGGUGGUAGCAAUAUCUGAACAAUCCUCUCAGAAAGCCGAGGAAGUGCUUGAUGCUGAGAAGUCAUCUUCAAGACCACUAGAGUGGAACUCAUUUGACAUGCAUGCAGUUGUUGCUUCUACAGAAGAUCUUCUCAAGUUUAUCUUAUCCGAGAAGGGUUUCAGGGUGCGUCUUUUCAUUGUUCGUGAUAUACUUAAAGUGGCAGAUAUCUUUCUUCAGGAUCAAGCUGCCGCUUGCAUGUUCGAUGAGAAUCUUCGUCCAAGACAAACAUUGGAAUCCGAGGCUUAUGCCACCCAAAGAAGGGUGGUUAAUGGGUUUUCGUCUUUUUGGCAAGCAGUGAAGUUAGCACCCGAUGUAUGGACUGCUAUGCUGAUUCGCAUGGCAUUAAAUCCAGAUAUACACAAAUUUUAUUACGACAUUGCUGCAGCCUUGUUCUUGCAUUCUAACCGUGGGAUCCCGGAUACAGUAUGGAUUUGUUUAUCCAGAUUUCUCCACAAAAUUGUGAAAUCUUAGCAAAUCCAGUCUUGUAGACCAUAACUACGAAGUCAGUUGCGCAGAGGGAAAUUUAUAUCUUGACGGUAAAGUUAGAUAUGUUCAGAGAAUAUCACAUCUUGAUCGCAUUGGUAAUAUGCUGUUCGGCACUGUGUUUAGAGGUUAUACAUCUUGGUGAAUUCGGUACAUUUUUAUAGGCAACAACUGACCAUUGUGACCCUUGAAAUGAGUUUGUUCGAUGAUAGCGUCUUUAUACGGAUAGGCAAGAAUCUAGUCAUAUAAUGUAAAACAACUUAGAAAUAGUCCAAGCUGUAAGAACAAACACGGGAUAAAAGAUUGUAAAUUUGGAUUUUGUAAAAACCAUACUCCAAGUUAGGAGAUAUGUCAACACAGAAUAAGAUGUAAAGGGUAGGGUUGUGGGUAAUCCCCACAAGAAUAAUGUGCAUCGGAUUGCUGUAGUUCGUUUAGAAUCUUUGUGUCGGUUAGAAAUUAGAAGUUCUGGUGUUGAUGACAAUUAAGGGGCGAGCAUAGUUUGGUUUGCAUUUUUGGCUAAAAGCAAAGUUCGUUUUUCAA